UUAUAUGCCGUAGGGUAUAUGUCUAUUCCUCGAGAACUUUUGAUUCGGCUUCUUCUUCUUCAACUUCUUCUGCUUCCUUUAACCAUAUGGUAAAAUUUCUCUCUAAUAAACUUUGACUCUGUCGCUUUUUUUGACUCGUAAAAAAAGGCCAUGGCUAUUUACAGUUACAAUUUUUUAUAAACAGAUAAAUCUAAAUCUAAAUCCAAAAUUUUUCUUUUAAAAUAUAUAUUUUUCAUCUUUCUUUCUUUCUUGUGGUUCAAUAUCUUGUCCUUCAUUCCUUUACUGUUUCUUCAUCUGAAUACCUUCUUCAUUCAGUGAUCAAAUCCCUUAUCUAAAGCCCUAUCUUUUAUUUUUGGUGCUUUUUUGGCUGCGUAACGGUUGUGCUUUUUUUGGUUUUUGUACGAGAUAAAGAUUUUAUAGACAAAGAUGAUUCAAGCUAGAACUGCUUUAUUAAGAUCUUCUAGAUCAUCCCUUCAUAGAUUUGUCAAUGUCACUUCCACUGCUACCACUAAGUUUGCUGCUUAUCAAACUUCUCGUGUGUCAUUAACUUCAUUCUCCAGAUCUUUAGCUACUAAAGCUGAUACUUCAUCAUCAAAUUAUGCUAAAGUUUUCAAUCCAAAUAGUGAAAAAGUUGGUCUUGAUAAUUUAGAUACUUUUGCAAGAAGACAUAUUGGUCCAACUCCUGCUAAUGUUGAAAAAAUGUUAAAAACUUUAGGUUAUAAUGAUUUAAAUGAAUUCUUAGCUCAAGCUAUUCCUGAACAUAUCUUAUUUAAAAGAAAAUUAAAAAUUCAACCUCAACAAGGUUUUACUGAAUCAGAAAUGUUAGAUCAUUUACAUGAAAUUGCUAAUAAAAAUAAAAUCGUUAAAUCUUUUAUUGGUAAAGGUUAUGCUGGUACAAAAUUACCUCCUGUCAUUCAAAGAAAUUUAUUAGAAUCUCCAGAAUGGUAUACUUCUUAUACUCCUUAUCAACCAGAAAUCAGUCAAGGUAGAUUAGAAUCUUUAUUAAACUAUCAAACCGUCAUCACUUCAUUAACUGGUUUACCAAUGGCUAACGCUUCCUUAUUAGAUGAAGGUACUGCUGCUGGUGAAGCCAUGGCCAUGUCAUAUCAUAAUUUAAAAGGUAAAAAAUCAAUUUAUGUGGUUGAUUCAAACUUACAUCCUCAAACUUUAGAUGUUAUUAAAUCAAGAGCUGAAAAUAUUAGUGUUCAAAUUGUUGAAUUACCUUUAUCGACUGAUGCAGGUGUUGAACAAUUAAAAUCAAUCUUAAAGGAUGUUUGUGGGGCUUUAGUUCAAUAUCCUGGAACUGAUGGUUCAAUUCAUAAUUAUAAACAAAUUGGUGAAUUAGUUCACUCUAAUAAAGGUUUAUUCGCUAUGGCAACUGAUUUAUUAGCUUUAACUUUAAUUAAGCCACCUUCAGAUUUUGGAGCUGAUAUUGCCUUAGGUACUUCUCAAAGAUUUGGAGUUCCAUUUGGUUAUGGUGGACCUCAUGCUGCAUUCUUUUCUACUUCAAUGAAAUAUUCUAGAAAAAUCCCAGGUAGAAUUGUUGGUUUAUCAAAAGAUAGAUUAGGUAAACCAGCUUUAAGAUUAGCUUUACAAACUAGAGAACAACAUAUUAAAAGAGAAAAGGCCACUUCAAACAUUUGUACUGCUCAAGCUUUAUUAGCUAAUAUUUCUGCUAUGUAUGCUGUUUAUCAUGGUCCAGAAGGAUUAAAAAACAUUGCUAAAAGAGUUUAUGGUUUCACUACUUUAUUAGCUAAUCAAAUUCAAUCUAAUUCAACUCAUCAAAUCUUAAAUGAUAAAUGGUUUGAUACUUUAACUAUUCAAUUAAAUCAAGUUUCAGCAGAUGAAGUUUUAUUAAAAGCUUUAAAUAAACAUAAUAUUAAUUUAUUUAAAGUUAAUGAAUCAACUGUUUCCGUCACUUUGGAUGAAACUGUUGAAACUAAAGAUUUAAUUGCUUUAAUUGAUACUUUCACUGGUAAAUCAUUUGAUAUUGCUUCCAUUAAUGAUACUUUACCAUCAUUACCUACUGAAUUAUUAAGAACUGAUCAAAUCUUAACUAAUGAAGUUUUCAAUACUCAUCAUUCUGAAACUGCUUUAUUAAGAUAUUUACAUCUUUUACAAUCCAAAGAUUUAUCAUUAGCAAAUUCAAUGAUUCCAUUAGGUUCAUGUACUAUGAAAUUAAAUGCUACUGUUGAAAUGCAAACUUUAUCAAUUCCAGGAUUUAACUCCAUUCAUCCAUUUGCUCCAAUUGAUCAAGCUCAAGGUUAUAAACAAUUAGUGGAUGAAUUUGAAAAAGAUCUUAAUGAUAUCACUGGUUUUGAUGCUACUACUUCUAUGCCAAAUUCAGGAGCUCAAGGUGAAUAUACUGGUUUAUCCUUAAUUAGACAAUAUCAUAAAUCAAGAGGUGAUUAUGAAAAGAGAAAUAUUUGUCUUAUUCCAGUUUCUGCUCAUGGUACAAAUCCAGCUUCUGCUGCUAUGUGUGGUUUAAAAGUUGUUCCAGUAAAAUGUCUUAGUGAUGGAUCUAUUGAUUUAGUUGAUUUACAAGAAAAAGCUGAACAAUAUGCUGAAAAUCUUUGUUCAAUUAUGAUUACUUAUCCAUCUACUUAUGGUUUAUUUGAACCUGGUGUCAAAAAAGCUAUUGAAUUAGUUCAUAAGAAUGGUGGUUUAGUUUACUUAGAUGGUGCUAAUAUGAAUGCUCAAGUUGGUUUAACUUCUCCAGGUGAUUUAGGGGCUGAUGUUUGUCAUUUAAAUAUUCAUAAAACUUUCGCCUUAAGUCAUGGUGGUGGUGGUCCAGGUCAAGCACCAGUUUGUGUUAAAGAACAUUUAAAACCAUUCUUACCAUCUCAUCAUUUCGUUCAAACUCCUCAUUCUACCAAUGAAUCCAUCAAAUCAGUUAAUUCUGCUCCUUAUGGUUCUGCAUCUGUUAUCCCAGUUUCAUAUUCUUAUAUUAAGAUGUUAGGUGCCGAUGCUUUACCUUAUGUUUCAUCCAUUGCUAUUUUAAAUGCUAAUUAUAUGUUAACCAGAUUAAAGGAAUAUUAUCCUAUUUUGUUUAUUGAUUCUAAUUCUGAGGGUUUAAAACAUUGUGCUCAUGAAUUUAUUUUAGAUUUAAGAGAUUUUAAAGCCAUUGGAAUUGAGGCUAUUGAUGUGGCUAAAAGAUUACAAGAUUAUGGAUUCCAUGCUCCAACCAUGUCAUUCCCAGUUGCUGGAACUUUAAUGAUUGAACCAACUGAAUCUGAAAACUUAGAAGAAUUAGAUAGAUUUGUUGAUUCUUUGAUUGCCAUAAGACAAGAAAUUGAAGCCUUUGGUAAAGGUGAUUCAUUAGGUAAUGUAUUAAAGAAUGCUCCUCAUUCAUUAGAAGAUAUUAUUUCAACUUCUCAAAGUGAUUGGGAAACCAGAGGUUAUACCAGAGAACAAGCUGCUUACCCAUUACCAUUCUUAAAGACUUCUAAAUGUUGGCCAACCGUAUCUAGAUUAGAUGAUACUUAUGGUGAUAUGAAUUUGAUUUGUACUUGUCCAUCUGUUGAAGAAGUUGCUGCUGAUCAAAACUAGAAAUAGAGAUACCCUAAUAGUAUCUGUAUGUUUCAAUUCUGUAUAGUAUAGUUUUAUUUAAUUACAUAAAAAUGUAUAUAAUCUAAUCACAAAUAAAUAAUAAUAAUAACGAAAUUUUGCAAUCAUUGUAAUUUCCUAUAGUGUGUGAACUCCCUCGUCCCUGGCUAUCUUGUAAGGAGUCCGGAAAUUUUCCACUCCCGUAAAUUAACAUCUUUUUUUUUUAAGUUAUAAGGAGACAAAAAUUUAUGGUGACAUGAAGAUCUUUUUCUGACAAAAUUAUCAUCACCAAAUCGA